GGGCCACCGCAAUCAGCGGCCGGGAAGAGCGGCGCCUUCGCGGACCUCGCCUCUGCAGUCUGCUUCCGACUCGCCAGACUGGCCUGGGUGCUUGUGCGAACCGGACGAGAGCUAUAACAGAACGGGAUUUGGGAAACUGGUUCGCAAUUAGUACCGCGAACUCCCCUCGCCUGCGCUGCCAGGGAACGACCCUUCGGCGACGCUGUGGGGGCAGGGGCGAAAGCCUGCGUCUCGGUCCUCUGACACAGUCGGCUCGCCGUCGCGGAGGCAGGUUGACGUCGCCACCGUUCAGCUCUCGCCAUGGGGCCCUCGUUGAAGCUGGUGAUCUUGCUCGCUCCCGUGCUCGUCGCGUACGCCUUCAUCACCUACAUCGAGGUGCGGCUGCCGUUAAAGGGAAAGCGCGCUCCUCCAGGCUCCCCGUGGCCGGCACCGCAAGCCUGGAAGGCGUCUACCCUCCAGAGGACCCUGGACCCCGAAUCCUUCAUCCUCACGUCCGACGCCGCAGAGGAGUGCGACGUAGUUUCCAAGGCCCUGGCACGCUACCACAAGCUGGUGUUUGUCAACCGGCCCAUGAGCGUGGACAACGAGACGCUCAAGGACGUGCUGCCAGCCCUCAGAGUGCAGGUGGACAAGUACAAAGAAGAGCACUGCAUGUACCCGCAGCACAAAGAUGACGAGAGCUAUACGCUCGUAGUACCGGAGGAAGGAGACGCCCAGCUGCGGUCGAAAACUGUUUGGGGAGCCCUGCGAGGUUUGGAAACUUUCAGCCAGCUCGUGUAUCAAGACCCCGUGACCAAAACUUACCUCAUCAACGUGACUUCCGUGGACGACUUCCCGAGGUUUUCAUUCAGAGGCCUUCUUCUCGACUCGUCGAGGCAUUUCCAGCCCGUCAAAGUGCUCAAACAGAACUUGGAUGCCAUGGCUUACAACAAGUUGAACGUCUUCCAUUGGCACCUCGUGGACGACCAGUCGUGGCCUCUCCAGAUGGCUGUGUACCCCAACCUCACGCAGAGUGCAUACUCCCCUAAGCAUGUUUACUGCCGCAACGAGGUUCAAGACAUCAUCGAGUACGCGAGGCUCCGGGGAAUCCGAGUCAUCCCGGAGAUCGACACUCCUGGACACACGCAGGCACUGGGAAAGAUCUUCCCCGACCUUCUGACCGCUUGUUACGGCAACGGAACCCGGGGCACGCCCAACUACCCGGAGCACGCUGCGUUCGAAAUGCUGGACCCAACGCAGAACUACACGUAUGACGUGAUGAGAGACAUCUUCCAGGAGGUGGUGGAGACCUUCCCGGAUCCGUACGUGCACCUGGGAAUGGACGAAGUCUACUACGCCUGCUGGAACUCUAGCCCCGAAAUCGCGGCGUUCAUGAAGGAGCAGGGCUUUGACGCCGUGAACCAAGUGGAGCAGUACUACGUGAAGAGGACUCUGGACAACGUUCAGAACCUCGGGGCCAAGUACAUGAUCUGGCAGGAUCCCAUCGACAACGACGUUAAAGCGGCACGCGACACCCUGGUUGGCAUUUGGAAGGACACGUCACUCGAUUCGAAGCUCAAGACGUGGCAAGAGUACAUCAUGCCUAUCGCCAAGAAGGGCUACCAGAUGGUGCUUUCAGCUCCCUGGUACCUCAACUACAUCAGCUACGGGCAGGACUGGAAGAAGUACUACGAGACAGACCCAAGAGACUUCAAUGGCACCGACGAAGAAAAGGACCUGGUGGUGGGAGGCGAAGCCUGCAUGUGGGGAGAGUACGUGGACGGCACCAACCUCAUCUCCAGGCUCUGGCCUCGUGCUUCGGCGGUUGCCGAGCGACUCUGGAGCAGUGCUGAGUUCAACGACACCGACGACGCCAGCUUCAGGCUGGACCAGCAACGCUGUCGAAUGCUCCGGCGUGGCAUCCCGACGCAGCCCAUCCUGAACGGGUUCUGCGGAGACUACGACUGGGACCUCGGCGAAAAAUACCACGUGGAAUGACGUGGCCUUGCUUGCAAUCUGGAGCGAAGCGCUGAUCUCUGCUCCUAGAGAAUACCUUCGCACACGUUUGGUGGCUGGCUUCUUAAAAUUGUCCCGGUACCUUUGUAUCCAAUGGCCGUCCCCGCUGUCUACUUACAAAAUAACAAUUUGUGUCUUUUGUGAGCCAUCCUGUUGCUUCAGACGUCCCUGUCUCUUCUCGUGUGGACCGUGCGGUGUAAUACCGGGAAGCUGUCUUUUUUGCGCUCUAUGUCUCGAUGAUACGGGACGAAACACUUAUAUGCGCGUGUGAGAGUGUGACACAUAUAGAUACACCACUCAUACUAGGCUUUUACUGCCAAGUCCUUGGAAUGACAGGAAAGGCAGCUUUGGCAAUAUACUUCUAGGCUGUCGAUAUAUAUUCGUUCGUGUGAUGUUGUUUAAGUUAUUUCUUCAUGCAUGUAUCAAUAAAUACUCAUCAUAGCACCGCGAUAAAAAAAUAAAUAAAAGGUCACAAUACUCA